UAUGUUAGCAGAGAUGGAGGUACGACAAGUAUCCGGACCUGUAUACAAACUCGCAUUCAAAUUGAAAGAACGUGGCGAACAGAAAAUGAUAUUGGAUAACUUCCUAGGCUCCUAUAGGUCUAGAAACCCAAGACAUGAGCCUAAAAGUCAGCCGUCGAAAAGAUAUCAAUGAUAAUCCAUCAAGCAUGCCUGCGCACUCGCCCUCUGGGAAGGAAUAUACUGGCAGAUACGUCAUCUUGUUCAAGCAUGACGCUACUAGGGAUGAUUUGAAUGCCUUGACUUUGAUCGAUGGAUUCAGCUUCCCGGACGACAAGGAAUCCUAUGAUGACAGCUUCGAUAAAUUGAAGGUAAUCAUUGGUGAAUUCGACGAGACAUCUCGUCAGAUUCUCGAGAAAUCCAAGCUUGUCACAUUCGUUCACAAGGAGUACGUUUUCCCCGCUCCGUACGGAGAAUAGCAAAGUUUAAGAGUUGCAUCCAACACGGACACGGAGGGUUGGCAGCGAAUGAUGUUUGGAGAAAUCUUGUGUAGAUGUAUCAAUAUCAUAUUAAAUCAA